AUGAAUUCGCUGGUGGUGUUAUUUUCAGUGCUAGCAUUAGCAGCCAGUAAACCCUCGCAUCUCGAGGGUAGCUUAACAUACUCAGUACCAUCUCCAUCUGGUUAUAUUUCACAAUCACGCAUUGAUGUCCAGACAUCACCGUCUUUUGUGGCCAGAGCUGAUUUUGCGCCAGUUUCUCGUACUUUUAUAAGCGGACCAGUUCCUGCAGCCGUGGGCGCUACCGCGGCCUAUACACAAGAAUCCAGAGUCGACAUUAAAUCAUCGCCAGCCGUAGUCAAGACCGUAGAGACCUCACCAGUGGCUUACAGUGCACCAAUUGCCGUCACAGCUGCCGUCGCGGGUCCUGCUGCGUUCUCACAACAAUCUCGUGUAGAUAUUAAGAGUGCACCUGCUCUGGUAAAUACUGUUGCUGCUGCUCCCGUCGCAUAUAGUGGUUCUUUAUUGACUCCUGCAGCUAUUGCAACUCCGGCGGCAUCUUCAUCAUACCAGACCAGAUACGACAUUAAAUCAUCUCCUGCUGUCAUAAGCCGGUUUGAGACAUCUCCCCAAAUCUAUACUGCGUCUUUCGCUUCACCGACAGCUUUUUCUGCCCCUGCAGCAACUUCUUACCAAUCUCGUGUUGAUGUAAAGUCCGCUCCUGUUGCGAUUGAAGGAUAUGGAGCUACUCCUUUGCAUCGUCUUAUCAAUACGUGUGAAGUAAAAUCCUCCCCCGCCAUCAUUCGUAAUUUUGAAGCAACUCCAGUAGCUUACGGAGCUUCUUUUACCUACCCAGCUGCUUUUGCUGUCGCAGCUCCUGCAUCGUACCAAUCUCGUGUUGAAUAUAAAUCGUCUCCUACCAUUGUCAAAACUGUUGCAACAGGUCCCAUUGCGUAUGGAGCGGUAGCAGCUUCAGCCGCCAUUGCAACUCCUGUUUCCAUCUCAAAAGAGUCCCGUGUUGACAUUAAAUCUUCUCCCGCUAUUGUCAGUGCCAUAUCAACUGCGCCAGUUUUAUACAGAACCAGCGAAUACAGAGCACCAUAUGCCUCAUACGAUACCCGUUUUGAUGCUGGAUACGGAUCAGGCAUUGCUUCUCAGACAUUCAUCAGAAGUGACAACAUUGCGCGCGGUGCUAUUGUUGCACCAGCUUACACCACAUCAGCGAUCGCAACACCAGCUGUGCCUCUUGAUACACUUGAAGUAGCCGCUGCCCGAGCUGCACAUUUUGAGGCCAAGGCCUUAGCUGAAGGACAUCGUAUUCGCAAACGUUCUGCAGCUUUAUAUGGAGCCGCCCCUGUUGUAUCGACUUAUUCAGCACCAUUGAUCUCCGCCUACUAUGCUUCCCCAUUCACCUAUUCAUCGCCCGUGUCUUGGUCAACUCCGUUCAUCACAAACGUGCGUUCUUGGUAA